CCGGGCUCCAAACUCUCUAUCUUUCUCUGUCUCUGUCUCUCUCUUUCUCUCCUGCAUAGGGAUUCUCAAUUCCCGGAUUUGAUUAAACAGAUCACUAUCCGUCUCCGUUCUGGUUUUCAAAAUCUCUCUUGAGAAUCUCUCAGCUUCUGUUUUGUUUUUUAGUCUGUCACCAAGAAGCAUCAAAAUUCUCCAAUAUUACAUCUUCCUUACUGCUGACUCAAAAACCUCAUUUUAUUCUCUCUCUUAACUUAUAUACCCUCAACACACACCAGAUCGCUUUUCAGUUCCAUCCGUCUGCGACGCACCGUGAUCUGUACUCUAAGCUCCCCCGAUCUGAAAUCUUCCAAUCGCCGAUGUUUUAUCACUGACCGAUCUCGUCGACCGUCCAGCGAUGGGGCAGUGCUACGGCAAGAACAUCUCCGUCGCCGAGGAGGACUCGCCCACGCGCGAUCGCCGGCAGACGCCGCCUGCUUCCGGUAACGGCGCCGUUAACCCGAACGUCCCGUCCGUUAAGAACACCCCCGCCCACUCUGCUGCCAACAGCACAUGGCCUAGCCCUUACCCGCACGGGUCCAGUCCACUGCCCAGUCCUCUCCCCGCCGGCGUCUCGCCUUCGCCGGCGCGGUCGACCCCCCGCCGGUUCUUCCGCCGGCCGUUCCCGCCGCCUUCACCGGCGAAGCACAUCAAGGCGUCGAUCGCCAAGCGACUAGGCCCGCCGAAGCCCAAGGAGGGGCCGAUCCCGGAGGACGGGGCGGAGGGCGAGCGGCCACUUGACAAGAGCUUCGGGUACGGGAAGAAUUUCGCGGCCAAGUAUGAGCUAGGGAAGGAGGUCGGGCGGGGGCAUUUUGGGCACACGUGCUCGGCAAAGGCCCGCAAGGGGGAGUUAAAAGGCCAGCUCGUCGCCGUUAAGAUAAUCUCCAAAGCUAAGAUGACCACGGCAAUAUCAAUUGAAGACGUUCGUAGAGAGGUGAAAAUCUUGAAAGCAUUAUCCGGGCAUAAAAAUCUGGUCAAAUUUUAUGAUGCAUGUGAGGAUGCGGACAAUGUGUACAUAGUCAUGGAAUUGUGUGAAGGGGGAGAGCUAUUAGACAGAAUUUUAUCCAGAGGUGGAAGAUACACUGAGGAAGACGCAAAGGCUAUUGUUAUGCAAAUUUUAAGUGUAGUUGCUUUCUGUCAUCUUCAGGGCGUUGUUCAUCGUGAUUUAAAGCCAGAGAAUUUUCUUUUCACCACUAGAGAUGAAGAUGCUCCCAUGAAGCUUAUUGAUUUUGGUCUUUCCGACUUUAUCAGACCAGAUGAAAGAUUGAAUGAUAUUGUUGGCAGUGCAUACUAUGUAGCACCUGAAGUUCUGCACAGAUCGUACAGUAUGGAAGCAGAUAUUUGGAGUAUUGGUGUCAUAACUUAUAUCUUACUAUGUGGAAGCAGGCCUUUUUGGGCACGGACAGAAUCGGGAAUUUUUCGUGCUGUGCUCAGAGCUGACCCAAACUUUGACGAUGCACCUUGGCCUGCUGUUUCUCCAGAAGCCAAAGACUUUGUGAAAAGAUUUCUUAACAAGGACUACCGAAAAAGAAUGACUGCUGCGCAGGCUCUGACUCACCCAUGGUUGCGAGAUGAUAGUCGACCAGUCCCUUUAGAUAUCAUAAUCUAUAAGUUAGUCAAGUCGUAUCUUCGAGCCACACCUUUCAAACGUGCUGCAUUAAAGGCUCUAUCAAAAGCUUUGACAGAGGAUGAGCUCCUGUACCUUCGGAUUCAGUUUAAGCUAUUGGAACCAAAUAGAGAAGGUCGCAUCUCCCUUGAGAACUUCCGAAUGGCUCUCUUGCGUAAUGCAACCGAUGCAAUGAGGGAAUCUAGGGUUCCUGACAUUUUGAAUGCGAUGGAUCAGCUAUCGUACAGAAAGAUGGACUUUGAAGAGUUCUGCGCUGCUGCAGUCAGCCCGUAUCAAUUGGAGGCCCUUGAAAGGUGGGAGCAGAUUGCUAGUACAGCUUUUGAGCAUUUUGAACUGGAGGGGAACCGAGUCAUCUCGAUUGAGGAAUUGGCACGGGAAAUGAACCUGGGUCCCACGGCCCACUCGAUUCUUCGUGAUUGGAUCAGGGACUCUGAUGGGAAGCUUAGCUUCCUUGGUUAUACCAAAUUUUUGCACGGUGUGACGAUACGCAGCUCAAAUACAAGACAUCAGUAGUUUGUUGUAGACAAGAAAAAAGAUUUAUUUAUAAGAUUGUUGUUUGUAAGGGGUUUUGAGAGCUUUUUGGUAGAGAAUGCAAUGUAUAAAUGAAUUUUUAAUCAAGUCCAGAUGUGAGGUUCUUGAUGCAAGAUGAAUUGAGGACUUUCUCUACAUUCUUUAAUUACACUGUCGACCGAAAGAUGUUACAACUUUCAUGUGGACAAUGUUGUGAUUAGUGCGAACAGGAUAUUUUUCUUU